UCACCAUCACCAUCACCACCACCACUCAAGCUCUCGACUACUUACCUAUGUCUACGACACGAAACACACAACUCUCCCACCAUUGACCAAAUACCAUUCAUUCCCAUCCCAUCUCCAUCGCCCCUCAACAAAAGGCGCAGCCUUACCGCCCAACAUGCUGCCCUCGAUCCCCGCAGCACUGCUCGCCCUCCAGGCUCUAUGCCUCCUCACCUCAGCAGCAAGAAUAACCCUCUCGAUCCCGCCGUCCCCUCAAAUUCCCAACCCAGCAUCUCUCCCGCCCUCCACACACGCGACCCUGUCAACACUAGGCGCCACAUUCCGCGCCCCGCUAAGCGUAGACAACACCUUCGUCUUCCGCAACGUUUCGCCAGGCUCGUAUCUCGCGGACAUCCACAGUCCCACGCACGGGUUCGCGCCGCUGCGGAUCGACAUACGUUCUGCGACGGCGGGGGAGAAGAGCGAGGGUGUUAGAGAACCGGAUUAUAAUAGUAAUAAUGGUGGUGGUGAUGGGGGAAAUGAGGGUGUGCGUGUCUGGGAGACGUUCCGCGGGAACGACUGGGAGAACAAAGGCGAGGAGAUACGUCCUGUCGCGGCUGGCGGCGCGUUCCCUGUUAAAGUCCUCGGGUCCAAGGUUUAUUAUACUGAGCGCGGAGCUUUCUCUAUUCUAAGCAUUCUUAAGAAUCCCAUGAUACUCAUGGGUCUGGUCAGUCUGGCUAUUUUCAUCGGCAUGCCAAAACUAGUUGAGAACAUGGAUCCGGAAAUGCGCGCCGAAUUCGAAGAGCAGUCCAAGAAGAACCCCAUGAACAGCCUCAUGGCAGGCCCCCAGCCCGGCGCCAGUCCCAUGGGGAACUUCGACAUGGCGGGCUUUCUGGCCGGCCAGGGCAGUGGGAACGGCAACCAGGAGCCGGAGCAGCAGAGUUCGGGAAAUGGUGGUAAGAAGGGUGGUAAGAAGUGAAGUAGCGAAUAGUAACUUGUAGGUUUCACUUGUACGGUAGAGUGGAUAAAACUAGAGGCUCAUUCAUGUCCAGAGUGUUUUGUUAAGCACGAGGGCAAAAAUCUGAUUAUUAUAUUUAACUGGAAA